AUGGAGAAGGCCGUCGCCAAGUCGCCCGACGGCAAGGUCGUCGUCGUCGUCGUCCGCGACCUGACCGCGCCCAAGGGCGGCGGCCUCAACAAGCUCGCCUACCCGCGCGAGCUCGCCAAGAUCCUCGAGCUCAACUUCCCCGAGAGCCUCGCCAAGGCCGUCAUCGUUCCGGCCGACGGCUGGUUCCGGGGCCUCUGGGGCGUCGCGUCCCGCUUCGUCGAUGCCAAGACGCGGUCCAAGAUCCACCUCCUCCCGGACCACCGCGACCUCCUCAAGCACGUGCCCUACCAGGAGCUCCUGCAGCACCUCGGCGGCGGCUCGCGGCACCGCUUCUCGCUCGCGGACGUCGAGGGCCUCCCCAAGGAGUGGGGCGAGUACCACCAGCGCCAGCAGCAGAUGCAGCAGCAGCAGCAGGCCCUGCCGCCGCCGCCGCCCCGCGGGCCGCCGCCGCCGCCGCCGCCGCGCGGGCCGCGGCCGCCGGGCGCGCCGGGACCGCCGCCGGGCGUCCGGCCCAACUACUACGCGCCGCCGCCGGGCGCGCCGCCGCCGCCGCCGCCGCAGCGACCGCCGCAGCAGCAGUACGCGCCGCCCCAGUACGGGUCCUACGGCGCGCCGCCGCCGCCGCCGCCGAAGCAGGAGCCCCCGAGCCUCGCGAACUUCGACGGCGGGGAGUGGUGA